GGGAUGUCGAGUGGCGGAGGAACAUGGGUCCCUUCGGUUUCAAGGCUCGAGGUACUGAUCUUGUACUGUAGUACAAGGGAGCCACCUACCUACUAUGUAGGCCUAACUACGAAGAAGGCUUUCGAGCUUUGAACUUGCAUUUCCCCCGACAACCCAUCCCUUGCACUUGAUCAGUCCGAUGCCCCAAGGUGGUGAAGAGAAAUCCUCACAAGCACGGCCAUGAUCUGAGGAUGAAUCUAUCCAUGAGAAGUCUAUCGAGAAAUCUCCCAAGAUCCCCAAAGCUUUUCCCUGUGCUCUCAUGUGCACUGGCCAUGGCGUGGGUAGUAAACGUUCUUCGUCAGCGACCUGGCUUCAACCCCUUGACGGCGACUUUGGCCGACGUUUCCCGAUUGUUGGACGAAGGGAGUCUAACAAGCGUUGAUCUCGUCAAUGCAUAUAUUGGGCAGGUCGAAAAGCACAACAAGAACGGCGCUAGACUGAACGCUGUUCUUUCGCUUGUUCCGGAGCAGACUGUUCUUGAAAGUGCACGCAAGUCGGACCAAGAAAGAGCCGCAGGCAAGCCCCGUAGUCGUUUACAUGGGAUUCCCUUCCUAGUCAAGGAUAAUUUGUGGACGGACAAAUCGUUCGGCCUCCCAGUCACAUGUGGAGCCCUUGCCUUCAAGAACACGUUUGCAAAGCAGAAUGCUUAUAUUAUUCAGACGCUUCUUGACGCUGGCAUGAUCCUCCUUGGGACAGCCAAUCUCUCAGAACUCGCCAAUGCGAAAAGUACCCAAGUAUGGGGCGGCUGGUCUACACUAGGAGGACAAACCCAAUCACCCUAUGUUGAUGGGGGAAUAGACCCGACCGACACACCUCUGGGCCAUAGCUGUCCAGCAGGUUCUUCAUCCGGAAGUGCUGUCGCUGUGGCAGCAGGAAUGGCGCCUAUAGCAGUGGGAACUGAAUGUGAUGGAUCCAUCAUGAUGCCAGCCGAUAGGGCAUCCAUAUUUUCGAUCCGAUUAUCUCCCACCCCUACAUUGACUUCGGGCUUGUUGAGAUAUAAUAGCCUCGGGGAUUCGGUGGGAUGGAUGGUGAAGGGCGCGGAAGAUGCUGCCCUCAUGCUCAAUGUUGCUCUUGGCAAUGAUGACUAUACUAAAUACCUAGGUCAAUCCUUCAAAGGCCUUAGAAUCGGGUUACUUGACCCAAUGAAAUGGCAGCCAGGUACGGCUAUUGUCAGACCCAAUGAUGAGUACAAUGAACAGUUCAUGUCUGAGUUCAAUGCCAUGGCGUCGAAGCUUGAGUCUGCGGGUGCUAUCAUCCACCGUGAUAUUGAUCUUAGACGAUGGACUGGAGAAGACCAAGACAUGUGGAGAGCUCUCACCUAUCAUGACUAUGGACACGGGUUCGUGGAAUUCACCGAUGGUCUCAUUGACCCGACCGUUCGAACCAUGUCCGACCUGAUCGACUUCAACAAAAAACACGCAGAGCAAGCUAUGCCGCCGGACAAUCCCGGUCAAGACAUCCUCGAGAAGACUGUCGCCAACAUGAACUCGCUUUCGACUGAGCAAUACGAGGAGUACCAAAGUACUAUCCUUAAUCACACCAGGGACAUCGGCGUUGAUGCAGCCAUGAAACGAUACGACAUCGACGUUAUCAUGGGUGCGCCUACGGGACGGUCAGCUACAAUCUAUGACGCUGGAGGAUAUCCCGUUGGUACGCUGCCUUUGGGAUAUGCCAAGUUCAAUGGGCGCGCCUUUGGGCUCUCCUUUGUAGUACCACGAGGGAGGGAAGAUCUCCAGGUCAGGGUUAUGAGUGCGUGGGAGAAACUUCUCAACCCGCGGAAGCCGCCGCCCAAAUUGUAAAGGGAGACGGGGCCAUACAUGCUGACGUUAGUCUUUGGUGGCGCGCCCCCUGCGCUGUCCUUCUCACACUUUGCUUCCGUACUUCUUAUGAGGUAGACAUUCUCCCAUCAGGGACAUUAUGUAUCAUAAUCAAAUAGUCUGCGCGAUUCCGCUCUUGAAUGGCUAAUCAUGAAUCCGGAUACUCUAUAACACAAAUCAUUGGAGUUAUGUUCUUGCCGUUCUAGAAAGCCUCGUAUCACAAUCUAGCUCUUCACACAACC